CCGGCGAUGGCCGCGCCGCCGGCCCCGCACGAACGCGAUAAGGGUGACAACGGCGUCGAGGUCUGCCUGUUCGACGAAUCGCGGGAGGACUUCUCCAGCGCGGUUCGCGCCAUCUCGGAGCUCGCCGCCGGCGACCCCGAGCCGACUUUCCCCGACGCCGAAGUAGGGAGGCUCGCCUCCUCCAUAACGUUCCUGAGGGAAUGGAGAUUUUUCUCUUAUGAGCCAAAGGGUGUUAGUUUUACUCACGGCACUAGAUCAACUUCAUCCAGAGAUGACACACAUGAGAUAACCUUACCGCAGUUCUCAUCUGCAUCUGUUCCUCAGGCUCAGGUCACACACUUGGAAGAUGGGAGGAAUAAUAAUACAGACAGCUCUGAUUUCAUUUUGUUCGCUGGGGGAAAUGUUUGGUCAUUGGACUGGUGCCCGAGGUUGUGCGACAAGCCCUGUUCUUCUGUAAAUUGUGAGUAUCUUGCCGUUGCUGCUCAUCCUCCUGGUUCUUCUUACCAUAAAAUUGGUAUGCCACUGAUUGGCAGAGGAAUUAUUCAAGUUUGGUGUCUUGUAGCACCCUUUGAAGAGGCACAUACUGAUCAUUCAAUGGCUGCGUACACUAAGAGCAAUCGUAGAGGAAGGCCUAGAAAAAUACCAGACGUGAGCAAUUCCAUUGACAGUUCAGUUCCACAAAAACCAAUAGGGAGACCAAGAAAGAUAAAAUUGACAACUUCUGAUGAUCACGCAGAACCAAUUCUGAAAAAACCAAGAGGAAGACCAAGAAAAUAUCCGCUGUCAGUUGCCAAGGUGUUAGACUCAACGGAUAAUGGCGCAAGUCAAGAUCACAGUUUUAUUGACCCUCUUGUCACUUCAGGAGUUGUUCCAGGUGAUCUUGCGUUGUCUUGUGCCAUACCAACUGUGAAGCCUGGUGAAUCAACCCCCAAAAAAGGUAGGGGUCGGCCUAGGAAAAUCCCGAAGUGUUCGCCUGCAAUUGAAUUGAAAGAUAUGUCUAGAGCUCUAGUAUGUAUAGAACCAAAGAAAAAAAAGGGGAGGCCCCGGAAAUAUCCACCCCGAAUCAGCAGCAAGCAUGUUUUGGGCACUAUUCCUGAAUCCGGAAGUGAAACGGCGUGCUUAGCUGUUUCAGCUUGCAAUUCGGGCCACAAUGGCGCAGAACAAAACAACCUGACAACUCCCAAACGAAGUGACAAUGUGGCCUCAGUUGAUAAUUGCAAGAAACAAAUAAUUGUCUACACCAGAAGGCGUGUACGCCAACCUACGAAGAAAUGUGAUUCAAGUGAGACUUUCUCACUGGCUUGUAGUGGCGAUAUACAGAAGAUGGAGAGAUCAUCCUCGUCUAUCAUGCCUAAUAAUCAUUUGUCUGCUGUCGAGAAGCCCAAGCAACUGGGGUCAUCUAUAAGUAAAGACAUGGCCAAUGCGGCUGAUUUGGCUGGAUGUAAAAGUGCAGUUGUUAACUGUGAAGUCAUGGAAAUGAAUGACAGUGAGGCUCCCAAUCAAAUUGUAGCUGUUCCUUUUGGAAAUAGUGCCCAGAUCAUUGAUGAAUUGGAAGAUACAGAAAUAGCUCCAGUCAAAGAAUCAAGUAACAAUAGUAAUAUAAUUACUUGUGAAGAAAAUUUGCACGUCUCUGCAAUCCCAAAUGGCAUUCAUCUACCAAGGGUCGUCUUGUGUUUAGCUCAUAAUGGCAAAGUUGCUUGGGACAUCAAAUGGAAGCCUCCUUUACCAAAUCAGUUGGAACAGAAAUCAAGUUUGGGUUUUCUUGCAAUACUGUUGGGAAAUGGCUCACUUGAAGUAUGGGAAGUUCCAUCUCCAAGCAUGAUCCAGAAAAUAUAUUCUUCUUCUUCAAUGGAUGGAACCGACCCUCGCUUUCUAAAGCUGCGGCCUGUAUUUAGAUGUGCUAAAGUGAAGUGCGGGAACAGACAGAGCAUUCCCUUGACAGUUGAUUGGUCGCCUUCUCCUCAUGAUAUGAUACUCGCAGGAUGUCAUGACGGAACGGUUGCUUUAUGGAAGUUCUCUACAGACUUGUCAUCACAAGAUUCAAAACCUUUUAUGUGUGUCACUGCUGAAUCUGUUCCCAUCAGAGCCCUCUCAUGGGCACCAUAUGUAAGUGAGGAAAACACAAAUACCUUUGUCACUGCUGGAGAGGAUGGGCUAAAAUUCUGGGAUUUAAGAGAUCCAUACCGUCCUCUGUGGGAACUAAGUACUGCCCCAAGGGCUGUUUUAAGUCUUCAUUGGUUGAAGGAUGCAAGAGGUAUUGUCAUCUCAUUGGAAGAUGGCACAUUGAAGUUUCUCAGCUUAUCCAGAAUUGCCAAUGAUGUUCCAGUCACCGGAAGGCCUUUCGCUGGGACUAAAACUCAGGGCGUUUCUACUUACCAGUUGUCAGAACAUUUGAUAUGGAAUGUCCAUGUCUCAGAAACCACUGGUUAUGCAGCUUAUUGCGGGGCAGAUGGUACUGCUGUGCGCUUCCAGCUUACUUCGAGAUUCUGGGAGAAGGAACCUGGGAGGAACCGUGUACCUUAUUUCCUUUGUGGUUCAUUAGCAGAAGAGGGAACCGUCAUUAAAAUUGGUGGUGUGUUGCAACACUCUCCUUUACCAAAUGUUCCUCUGGUUGCAAAGAAGGGUCCAAAAGCGCAAGAUAUACAAAAAGAGAAGCUACAAACUAUCACCAACUCAGAAUACGUAGAUCCAGAACUCAGAGAGGGCCAACAAGAAAGUAAAGCGUUGGUUUUAGUUGAUCCUCAAAUACAAGAAAGUGGUGGCAUAUGCAACGGCACAGUUAAUGAAUGCCCUCAAAACGUUGAGGUCUUCCCUCCCAAAUCUGUAGCACUCCAUCGAUUGAGAUGGAACAUGAAUAAAGGUAGUGAGAAAUGGCUAUGCUACGGAGGCGCCUCAGGCAUUAUUCGAUGCCAGAGGAUCUAAUAGGCAAUCAUAAGUGGUGAAUUUUCGCCACAAGCCUGGAGAAUCCGUAGGUAUACACCACCUACACAAUAAGCUGUUGCGGCAUCUGCUGUUACUUGCAGGAAUAUACUGAUUCUUUUCUCCUGAAACUGGUUGCUGGAGUGCUGGUGUUCUCUCCUCAGUAAUGCCUGAACAACUUGAAGUUCAGACAAUUUGAGCUACAAGAUCCUGCACAUUAUCAGCUCUGCAACUCAAUAAGGAGCAUCAGUCUGUAAUAGGUGUAUAUUGGGGCUAGCCCCAACUUUUCUCAAUCUGGUGUGGUUAUAGCUGACUGAUUCUUUCACCUUUUUUACCCUCUAAGGCUGUAACAGAUGUACAUGUAUAUUGUUAAUGCAGUCAAACAAACUGAAUAAUGUCCCGCCAAUUGUAAUAUGGACAAGUAGAAAAAAUGUUGAUUGAAAUAUGCAAUAGAAGAAGAAUAGAAACCAUGAGCCAUUGCUCUUGGUCUGAAA